AGGCUAUUAAAGGUUUCCAUAGAGUUGAUUGGCCUAGUGGAAUCAUUGGGAUUUCGGGAGCAUCUCCAGAUUUGCGUUUUUAAAGGAACUCUAAAUGCAUGAGAAAUUUGCAGCAUGGAGAACGAAAAGGAAAAUCUCUUUUUUGAGCCACAUAAAAGGGGAUUAAUGAAAACACCUCUGAAAGAAUCCUCUACGGGAAAUAUCGUGCUGGCUGAGCUCCAGCCCGACUUCGGAGGCUCCUUGACUACGCCCACCAAGCCCAAGGAAGUCUCCCAGGGAGAGCCAUGGACGCCAACAGCCAAUCUGAAAAUGCUUAUCAGUGCUGUGAGCCCUGAGAUCCGAAACAGAGAUCAGAAAAGGGGGUUAUUUGACAACAGAAGUGGAUUACUUGAGGCCAAAGACUGUUUACAUGAACAUUUAUAUGGAGAUGAGUAUGAGAAAUCCCAACCCAGUCGAAAAGAGAAAAGCUUAGGACUCCUGUGUCAUAAAUUCCUGGCACGCUAUCCCAACUAUCCCAACCCAGCUGUGAAUAAUGACAUCUGUCUCGAUGAAGUGGCUGAAGAACUUAAUGUGGAGCGACGACGAAUUUACGAUAUUGUGAAUGUUCUCGAGAGUUUACACAUGGUGAGCCGCCUUGCCAAAAACCGGUACACUUGGCAUGGGAGACAUAAUCUCAACAAAACCCUUGGGACUCUGAAGAGUGUCGGGGAGGAGAAUAAGUACGCCGAGCAGAUAAUGAUGAUUAAAAAAAAAGAAUAUGAACAGGAGUUUGACUUCAUUAAGAGUUACAGUAUCGAGGAUCAUAUCAUCAAAUCAAACUCGGGCCAAAACGGACACCCGGACAUGUGUUUUGUGGAACUUCCUGGAGUGGAAUUUCGGGCAGCCUCUGUGAACAGCCGCAAAGACAAGUCUUUAAGAGUGAUGAGCCAGAAAUUCGUGAUGCUGUUUUUGGUGUCAACGCCUCAGAUAGUGAGCCUGGAAAUUGCUGCCAAGAUUUUAAUUGGGGAGGACCAUGUAGAAGAUUUGGAUAAAAGCAAGUUCAAAACAAAAAUCAGAAGAUUAUAUGAUAUAGCUAAUGUCCUGAGUAGCCUGGAUCUUAUCAAGAAGGUUCAUGUUACAGAGGAAAGAGGUCGAAAGCCAGCUUUUAAAUGGACAGGCCCGGAAAUUAGUCCAAAUACCAGCGACCCUAGCCCCCUCAUUCCUUUCACGCCCUCAGACUGGGACGUGAGGCGUACUGCAAAAGAGAGCUGUGCCAAAAACCUCUUCUCCACAUGCGGCAAAACGAACUUUACCCGACACCCAUCACUCAUCAAGCUAGUGAAGACUAUUGAGAGUGACCGCAGGAAGAUCAAUUCUGCUCCCAGUAGCCCUGUUAAGACUAACAAAGCCGAGAGUUCUCAAAAUUCUGCACCCAACAAAAUGGCUCAGCUCGCGGCUAUUUGCAAAAUGCAGUUAGAAGAGCAAUCAAGCGAACCCAGAAAGAAAGUGAAAGUACAACUGGCAAGGUCAGGGCACUGCAAACCAGUGGCUCCUGCGGACACCCCUGUGAACGCUGAGUUGGAACUGACGGCACCAUCCCUCAUCCAACCUCUGGGUGUGGUGCCCCUGAUCCCUAGCCCACUGUCAUCAGCGCUGCCCGUAAUCCUACCUCAGGCCCCUUCAGGUUCAUCUUAUGCCAUCUACUUGCAACCUGCCCAAGCCCAGACCAUGACACCACCCCAGGGCCUAAGCCCAACCAUCUGCCCCACCCAUUCUUCUAAAGCUUCUGCAUCAAGAGACUCCACAGACACCACCACAGAAAAGGCAGCUGGCGAUGCCACAAAGACCAGUGCAUCCACCACUCCUGGAGGCUUGCUACCAGCCCCAGAGCGACAAGGGACAAAAAGCCGAAGCAGAGAGUCGGCUGGAGAAAGAGGCUCCAAGAGGGCAAGCGUGCCCGAGGACAGUGGUUCCAAAAAGAAAUUUAAAGAGGAACUGAAAGGACUUGAAAAUGUCUCCACAACCUUGUUCCCAUCAGGAUACCUAAUCCCUCUUACCCAGUGCUCAUCCCUGGGGGCAGAGUCUAUUUUGUCUAGUAAAGAAAACUCAGGUACACUUUCCCCAAACCAUAGGAUCUACAGCUCCCCAGUUGCCGGUGUUAUUCCAGUGACAUCAUCUGAACUUACUGCUGUUAACUUUCCCUCUUUUCAUGUAACACCUUUAAAGCUAAUGGUCUCACCAACAUCUGUGGCAGCCGUGCCUGUCGGGAAUAGCCCGGCUCUUGCUUCGAACCACCCACUUCCUGUCCAGAAUCCAAGCUCAGCCAUUGUAAACUUUACCCUGCAACACCUGGGACUCAUCUCCCCUAGUGUACAGGUAUCGGCCAACCCUGGGCCUGGAACCAUCCCUGUGUCUCCAAGAAUAGAGGCUGUUAGUAUCAUACCAGAAAAUGCAGGUACUCAACAAGGAAGGGCCAACAACUACGAUUCACCAGUCCUGGGCCAGAGCCACCUGAAUGGACAAUCAGUUGCUGUGAUAGGGACACAACAGCCUGUUCCUGUGACACCCAAAGGGUCACACUUAGUGACUGAAAAUUUCUUCCGUACCCCAGGAGGACCAACCAAGCUGACGGGCUCCUCCUGCGUGGAUUUUGAUGGUGCUAAUAAAACCUCCUUAGGAGCUCUCUUUAUCCCUCAGCGAAAACUGGAAGUUUCUACAGAGGAUGUCCACUAACUGACUGAUGAAUGCUGGCUUAGGCUGAUUUUCUGAAGAGUUAUUUAAUACAGAAGAUGUAUACAGACUGAUUUGGAGAACACUUUCUCUGAAAAUACUGUAAAAGCAUGGAAAGUUUACUCAAUGUCAAGCAGAUACUUGUUUUUCUACCUACAUACAAUUAUGUACAUCUGUGUGCACAUGGUAUAAACAAUGCCAUUUGCCUGUAGGGGUAUAUACAAACACACACACAUAUACAUUUGUAUAAAGCUAAGUUCAUCCUUCAGUCCUAUAAAUGUUAAACUAAGAUAUAUAUUAACUUCUAGGGAGAAAACAAAUGACUUUUUCAGCUGUGCCAAUAAUAUUAUGCAAGGUAACUGUAUUAAAGUUUACAUUCCCCUGAGUAAAUGUGUUUGACACGGAUAACACAGCAUUCUUUUAAAUUUUUUUGCACAAAGAAAGCUCUGUGUGAUAUAUAAUGUUGUAUUUUUUAACAGGAGGGCUGUAGUUAUGUUUUUUGUAAUUUCUUUUAAUUUGUUGUUGCAGUAUGUCUUUUUGUAAAGUUUGCAACAAUCCUCAAUC